UGCACAGCCUUAGUGUCCGCAGAGAAGACGAAGCGAAUCGUACGUGUCACCGCCGGCGGCUUGCGGCUGAGGAAAGUCUGGUCAGCACCUGCACGCCUGCGCACAAAACUCCGUCUGCUCUCCGAUGUCGGCUAAUAAGGCUGGCGGGCUCGCGAGGGACCUCCUGCUGCGGCACUCCAAACACUUCGAGAGCCUUGAAGAUGAUGACAGGAAGCUAAAGAGAAGAGAGAAGAACAGAGUGGCUGCUCAGAGGAGUCGGAAGAAGCAGACGCAAAAGGCCGACAGACUCCACGAGGAGUAUGAGUACCUCGAGCAUGAGAACAGUUCUUUGCAGAAGGAGGUUGAGAAACUAACCGAUGAACUGAGACGACUCACUGAAGCCUUAAAAGCACACGAGCCACUGUGUCCCUUGCUACACUGCGCCAUAAGUCACAGGCCUGAAGUCAUUACCAACUGCCUACCAAGAUAAGGUCGUAUGGAAGUUCAAACGCAAACACAGGGCCAUUGUGGCCGGACAAUGUUAUGUGAACAUUCUGACAGUGACACGAGAACUGUGCUGUAUGUAGCGAGCACACUCUGCCAUCUUAUCCUUUUAUUGUAAAUUAGAAACUGCAUACUUAGUAUCAUAUAGCAUAGCAGACUUUUAUAGUGUCUUUAUGGAUAAUAUUGAUUAAUUUGGAGCAAGAAAGAAGAAAUCAUGCCAGAAUGCUGGACGGGCUGGUUUAAGCUGGUCUUGACCAACUCAUUUAAGCCAGUAAACCCAACUCCCUUCAUUAAACGUUUAGUGUUAUACAGGUAGGGACUGCAACCUCUGGUAUUGGUGUCUCCAAGUAAAUACCUGAGUGACUUUCACUUGGUUACUCCCAGUAAAUGAGGUUUGAGAUUAAAAGACAGGACAGAAACAGGCAAACAUCCGAGUGUUCACAAAGUACGAUCCUGAUACGUGAAUGACUUAUUUAGUUUGCUUUCAUAAUGAGAAAAAUCCCAGCUGUGUUCCCCAUUGGUUUCCCUUGCUUGUGCAUUCUGACAACUCCUUUACUCGGUUUUUGACCUCAGUGGUUUCACUGCUCCACAACAGGAGAAGGAAGAAGAAGUGUGAAUCGCCACUCCUAUUUCUGUCAUGAACGACAGACUCGCGCUCUGAGGUAACUGUGCUCAGUUCCGCCAGUACCUGAAGCAGCACAUAGCUGACAACGGGGGUUUACUUCCCGUACAAAAGGCCACAGGGCUGACCGCAGUUACUGUAUUUCUUUCAUCUGGAAACUAUCCUUCAGACCAGAAAGCGCUCCAGUAUGAGGACCGUGGGUCUUGCAAGUCUGUAGGACAACGCAGCACUCAUGAUAAAGAAAGAAAUCAAAGCGUGUCCAUCACACAGCCUUGUAGGAAGGCGUCUUUGGCUUGACAUAUGAAUAGCGAGUACGGCAUUACUGAUGAAGAGUGAGUAGAUGGCCCAGUGGUUUGAGGUGCUGCAGCUCAGCUCGUGUUCAAGUGACUGUCUGUACUGUGCACAGGCUCACUCUUCACAGGGGCAGUUUAUUUUACAUGGCGCCUUUCUGGGGCGGAGUGGUGGCUCUGAGGGUUAGGGAUUUGCAUCGGCUAUCAGAAGGUUGCCGGUUUGAGUCCCGUAAAAGCCAGAAGCAACUCUACUCCAUUGGGCCCUUAACCUGCACUUGCUUCAUCCUGGGUGUGACGUUAAUCUGCAUCCUGCCCUGAAGGCAGCUCCUCCAACUUGCAAGGCAAAAUCUGGGGGUUGGUGACAGCCACCGUAAAAAAACCUCCCACUGUUCUGGAGUCACCCGCAGCACUCGGGUCCCAAUCGAGGUGGUCUGUCGUGUGGUGGGUGCGGUAACGUGCUACCAGCGCAUGCUCCAACCUCUGCAGAUGUACAAAGAUACACAAACAUUGUUGCCAUGUACUUUUGUGUGUGCUGAGCAUUAGCAGUUGGAGGUGGCACUUGUGACACUAACCUUAUGAUUUAUGGUAUGGUGACAUAGGCCACAGCUCAUUGUUAGGUUAAAUUGGUGGCCUUAGUUUAGACUUGUAUGGGUUUGUUCAUCCACAUUUUUUCUCUUUGGUGACAUCUUUAUCUUUGUCUGACUCUUUUGUCCCACCUAUAUAGAUUCCCUUUGUCCCAUGGUGUGGACCCUACUUGUUUAGACUCCCAAGUUUGUUUUCUUAUAAUUGUCUCUUGUUUUGAAUGAUUGAGUGUUGUAUUUUGUUCCUCUGAGUGCUACUCUUUGUGUUUGUAAGUGGCCAUGUUGAUCAGCUAGUCAUUCCAUUGUACUGUGUACACCAUCACGAGGGGCCAAUAACGAGUCACACGUGUCAAUGGAAGUUUUGUAGAAAACUGCAGUUCCUGUAAAGAAGAGCACCAAAAAAUGGGUGUGUGCUAUAAAAGUCAGAUUGAGCCCACAAACAAACCCAAAAUGUUAACCAAACGUUGGAGUUUGAAAACACCCAACUAUAACCAACCACAUGUAGUUUCCCUAACUAGUGUAAAGUCUGGCAUGGAUUCAUUGUUUCUUAAAUAUUGUGCGCAGAACCAAGUGCGCCGCCAUCUUAAACAGAGACGUAACACAUCUGUGUCAAUUGCCAACAAUAUGAAAUGAAGUUUGAAAAAAAAUGGUAGCGAGCAAGAGGGUAAGAAAAAAAAAACCGGUGCAGUGAUAGCAGGUAAAGAAAUAACGUUAAAUAAUUUAUUUAAUGACCAUAUUGGAAAAAUAUCAAAAUAAAAUGUAAAAAAAAAUUAAACUUAAAGCCUACUGGAAAAAAAUGUUACAAAGAAUAACAGUCGAUAAACAAGGCAUGACAGUAAGUAACCCGGGUUGAGGGUUUGUUAAUCGCCACUUGUCCGUGUUCCUCUGAGUCUGGAGCUGGGUGCGGAGGCAGGUGAAGGACCACCGGGAGCGAGAGU